GACAUUGAUAAUGACGGGUGACUUUGAUAAUGUUGUUUUAUUUCAUUAAAUUGUACACUAUGGCUACACUGUUCGAAAAAAAAUAAUUUUUAUUGUAUAUAUUGAUAAAGAAAUAUAGUCUUAUAAUGAUAACGAUUAUGAUACGAUUUAUCAUCAAUUAUUUGAAAUGUGUGUUAUCUUCAAUCACAACGUUAUUUUAAAUGUAAAAUAACAACGUUUUAAAAUUAGCUGCGCAAAUGGUUCGUGUGUACCAAAAAGAAGUGGGCAAUCGCCCAUAUGCUAAUAGAAGAGAUGAAGUUGUGGAAGAAGCUCUUCAAAAAGUUGCUGAUGGGGAACUUUCAAUUUUAAGAGCGAGUAAAAUGUAUAACAUUCCUUAUGGCACAUUACACAAUCGUUUUAAUGGAAAACAUGGCAAAAAACCUGGAGGACAGACAAUAUUUAGUGAUGAGGAUGAAAAAAAUAUGAUAGCUGCUGUAUCAAAAUGUGGUGAUUGGGGAUUCCCUUUAACUUUAAUGGAUUUGAGAUUAAUCGCAAAAACAUCACUAGACAAAAGAGGAAUAAUAGUUCAAAAGUUUAAGGAUAACCUUCCAGGUGAUGAUUGGGCAAGGAGUUUGUUAAAAAGACACAAUACACUGACUCAAAGAAUCACUACAAACAUUUCUCGAUGUCGCGCCGAAGUCUCCCCUGCUACAAUAAAUUCAUAUUUUGAUAAUUUGUCUUCAGUAUUAAAAGAUAUACCUGCUGAUAAUAUUUUCAAUUAUGAUGAGACCAACCUCCAGGAUGACCCAGGUAAAAAAAAAUUUUUAUUCAAGCGUGGUACAAAAUAUCCAGUACAAGUUCAAAACCACUCUAAAAGUGCCACCACAAUAAUGGUAUGUGGGUCAGCAAGUGGUGUUCUAUUACCACCAUACAUAAUUUACAAGUCAAAAAAUUUGUGGGAGUCUUGGACAAAUGAAGGACCCAAAGGAUCUCCAUGUUGUGAGAGUCCUUGCUGCUCAAAAGGAACCAGGUAUAAUUGUACACCACACGGAUGGAUGGAUGGUAUCACUUUCAAAGAAUGGUUUUUCAAUUUAGAGAGGCAUAGUAAAUGAAGACUAUUACCUAUGACUAUAAGCAUAUUACGACUGGACUGUUAAACUGUACGUUCAGUCUGUUACCAUUAUAUUUUAAACUCAAGACUGCCUAGUAAGUUCCUAGCUAAGUCAAUUUAAACAUAUUUAAAUGAAUGUAGCUAUUGAUAUUUUAUUUUGUUUUAUUUUUAACUUAGAAAUUAUUAUGUUUAAACUGUUAUACUUGUCAAGACUAAUAUUUAUAUAUAUUUAGUUUUGUUUGUUAUUUUUAUUUAAAAAUUGUUAUAUUAUCCUGUGUGUUCAGACAAUUAACAAGGUAUUGUACCUAAUCUCAAGACUUCCUAGUAAUUAGUUAAGCCAUUAUAAAUAUAUUUAAAUUAAUUAAUUUAUAUUUUUAUAUUUUAAUAUUUUGUUUUAUUUUGUUUUUAAUUUUGAAACUAUUACUAUAUUUUCACUGUUUCACAAGACUGAGUUAGUCAACUUAAUAAAUUAUUAUCAAUUUGAAUACUAUUUUAUGUAUUUUUUAUUUAUACAAAUUAAAUAUUCCUGUCAAUUUCACCCCAUAACACAUUUUAUGUUAUAACUCAAAAACUAUUUGACCAAAUUUAAAAUGGUUUGAGAUUUAUAACUUUCAUAUCAUUACCAUUAGUUUAACAAUAAAAAAAAUAGGGGUAUCAAAGUCACCCCGAAUUCCGUUUGACUUUGAUAGCUACUUUAAAAAAAUUAUAAAAAAAAAACUAUUCAUUAUAAAAAAAAAAAAAAAAAAUAGGAAUAUUGGUUAAAAUAGUACUUGAUACGACGACAUUA